CUUUUGCGCAGGCGCAAUGCUCAUUCUCCUCCCAAACAGCUGGCAAGAGCAGGAAGCUAUGGGAGCUCAAGGUAAAUGCCAGUGCAUAUGAACAAAGUGGGCCUGUGUGGAAACUCUGAACAUGACCAACCCUUUAAGAUAUGAAGUGUUGAAUCUUUACAAAAAUCUGCUGUAUCUUGGGAAGGAGUAUCCGAAAGGAGCGGACUACUUUCGAGCCAGGCUGAAGAAGGCUUUCUUGAAAAACAAAGGAGUGACGGAUCCUGAGGAAAUCAAGCAGCUCAUUGCACGAGGAGAGUUUGUGAUGAAAGAGCUGGAGGCAUUAUACUUCCUCCGAAAAUACCGGGCUCUGAAACAACGCUACUAUGAGGACGACAGCAAGUGAUCCUACGGCACAGCCAGAGAUGCUUGCACAUGGAUAGCUUUGGUCAUAAUAAAACUUUGGUCUUA